UCGAGUUCUUCUAAGAGAUUCCAUUGAAUUUCUCUGAAUUUUACCGUAUUGAUCUAUCAUCUUAACUCUUUAAGUACUUUGGGCGAGUGAUCAACAUGAAUAUACAUGAAUGAAAUUCUUCAGAAAGUAGUACUUUUGUAGAGAUAAUCUAUGUGACAACAUUGAAAAGAUCUGGUGAAGUGUUUGGCCGGUGCAAUGGCUACUGGUCUGGAACUAACGAAUACAGGCAAUGAAGAAAUCUACGACAAUUCGAGCUCAAAAUACAAUGAAUAUAAGCAAGUGGAUGACCAGUCUCCAAUAGAAGAAGUGGCUUUGACAGUGCCCACAACUGAUGAUCCAGAUCUCCCUGUGUUAACUUUUCGAGUGUGGGUGCUGGGAAUUUUAGCUUGUGGGUUACUCUCAAUGUUGAAUCAAUUUGUUACCUACAGAGCGCAUCCCAUCAACCUUACAUCCGUGUCUGCUCAGAUUGUAGUUCUACCCGUGGGUCGUUUCAUGGCGGCCACAUUGCCCACGAAAAUAAUUCGUUUUCCUGGAACAAAAUGGCAUUUUUCGCUCAAUCCAGGGCCCUUCAAUAUUAAAGAGCAUGUUCUUAUUACCAUAUUUGCAAGCGUGGGAACCAGUGGAGUUUAUGCAGUCAAUAUUCUCACCAUAAUUAAGGCCUUCUAUAAUAGGAACAUGAAUCCUGUAGCAGCAUGGCUAUUGGCACUAACUACACAGAUGCUGGGAUUUGGAUGGGCCGGGGUAUUCAGAAAAUUACUGGUCGAGUCUCCUUACAUGUGGUGGCCUGCAACUCUUAUCCAAGUUUCAAUUUUCAGGGCAUUUCAUGAAGAAGAAAAGAGGCCAAAAGGAGGGAUGACAAGAAUGCAGUUCUUCACCAUAGUGUUAACAUGCAGUUUUGCAUAUUACAUAGUACCCACUUUCUUUUUCCCUUCCAUAUCUUCCAUGUCCAUAGCCUGUUGGAUAUGGAAAGACUCAGUGACAGCACAACAAAUUGGUUCAGGAUUAUAUGGCCUGGGGAUCGGAUCCUUCGCCCUUGAUUGGGCAACAGUUGCAGGAUUUUUAGGCAGUCCACUGGCUACACCAUGGUUCGCCAUAGCCAACUUUUUGGUUGGUUUCAUCCUCAUAGUCUACGUCCUCCUCCCAGUCACAUACUGGACAAAUGUUUAUAACGCCCAAAAAUUCCCAUUUAUUUCUUCCCACCUUUUCACAGACGACGGCCAGCGAUAUAACACCACCAGAGUGUUGAAGAGUGAUUUGACAUUCGACAAGUAUGCUUACGAUCACUACAGCGAUCUCAACAUGAGCGGAUUCUUUGCUAUCCUAUAUGGUUUAAGCUUUGCAACUCUUGCUGCUACUGUCUCCCAUGUCUGCCUCUUUUAUGGAAAGAGCAUUUGGAAGCAGGCUAAAGCAGCAAUGACAGAUCAACGAAUCGAUGUGCAUACGAGGUUGAUGAAGACUAAUUACACGUCUGUUCCACAGUACUGGUUUCUCAUCUUGUUAGCAGUGACCUUGGCAUUGGCACUAGGAGCUUGUGAGGGUUACAAUGAUGAUCUGCAGCUAAGAUAUUGGGGAUUGUUUCUUGCUUUAGGGAUUGCUUUUGUAUUCACCCUGCCUAUUGGUGUCAUUCAAGCUACUACAAAUUUGCAACCUGGAUUGAAUGUGAUAACGGAGUACAUCAUUGGAUAUAUAUACCCAGGAAGACCAGUGGCCAAUGUGGCAUUCAAGACAUAUGGGUACAAUAGUAUGGGCCAGGCUCUUGCAUUUGUUCAGGACUUUAAGGUGGGACAUUACAUGAAAAUUCCACCACGCUCUAUGUUUAUAGUUCAGGUGGUGGGUACUUUAGUUGCAACCUCUGUAUAUGUUGGAACGGCUUGGUGGUUACUAUACUCAAUAAAAGACAUUUGUCAUCCAGAUUUAUUGCCUUCAGGUAGUCCAUGGACAUGUCCCGGUGAUAAUGUUUUCUAUAAUGCAUCAAUUAUAUGGGGAGUAGUUGGUCCACAAAGGAUGUUUGGCAACCUUGGUUUAUAUGAAAAACAAAAUUGGUUCUUCUUAGCGGGUAUACUUGCACCUGUACCUGUUUGGAUUUUCUCAAAGUUGUAUCCUGAAAAAAAAUGGAUUCCAUACAUAAACAUUCCUAUCAUUCUUGGUGGUUCAGGUGCCAUCCCACUUGGAGGAUCACUAAACAAUAUUUCUUGGAUCAUAGUGGGGUUUUUGUUUAACUUCAUAAUUUUUAGAAGGUAUAAACAAUGGUGGACUAAGUAUAAUUACAUCACAUCAGGGGCAUUGGAUGCAGGAGUGGCAUUUAUGGCCUUUGUUUGUUAUUUUGCAUUGCAAUCAACACAAAAUUUAGAAAGUGUGGGAUGGUGGGGUGGACAAGUUGAUGAUCAUUGUGCUAUUGCUACAUGUCCGACUUUCCCUAAUGUCCAAGUGGAAGGUUGUCCACAUUUCCAUUAA